UUUAGUUCACACAUGAGUGACGGUCAGGUGACAGACAAGUGGAACCUCAAUCUAAUCGGAGACUCCAGGGCAUUUUAUGUCUGAAAGAUCUGCUUUGGACUUACGGUGAAGCUACCAAUUAAUAUCGGAUUAACAUCUGAGGAAAAGUUGCUAUGAUAGAAGAACUUGUAGAAAGUUCAAAUUUGUGAAAUCCACAAUGAAUAACAACAGCGAAAGGAGGCGAUUGCUAGCUUCAUCGGGACCAGGGCGCUUAAAUAACAGAGCAAUAUGGCGACGCAGAUUUGCCUGCUUUACAAUACUCUCAUCAGAAAUGUUCGAGAGAAUCGCUUUCUAUGGAAUCGCAGGAAAUCUCGUCUUAUUCUUGAACGAAGAACCAUAUCUUUGGACGUCAUACAACUCUGUCAAUGCCCAGGCCUUUUUCUUCGGAAUUUCAUAUUUGAUGUCUCUGGUCGGGGGUUUCAUGGCAGACAGUGGUUGUGGAAAAUACAGAAGCAUUAUUUUGGCCUUUAUUUUUUACCUUGGUGGGUAUUUGUUUAUGCCAUUUAUGGCGCCGAACCCUUCCAACCUAAAAGCUGACUGGGACUGGGAUGUCGUGAAAAAUGUUACAAGAAAAAAAGCUCCAGCUUUCUGCAGAACUGAAACCACAGGCUGGUACGUUAUAGGCAAUAAGAGCUCAAGUGGAGAUGAUGAUAACCACAGAUAUCCUUGGACUGAACAGUGUGCGUGGGCGGCAUACUUGUCUCUUUUCAUCAUGGCAUGUGGUGUGGGAAUCGUGAAAGCAAAUUUGGCACCUUUCGGAGCUGAGCAGGUUCGUCGUGAUGGAGCAGAGGUGAUGCGGACGUUUUUCAACUGGUACUACUGGUGUGUUAACAUAGGGGCAUUUUUAUCACUUACAAUCAUAGCUUAUGUGCAGCAAAAUAUCGAUUUCUUCCGUGGAUACUUAAUACCUCUAGUAUGCCUUGGAGUCUCAUUCCUUCUGUUUGUCAUAGGUACUCCUGCCUACAUUAGGAGGCCGGCUACCGGGAGUGUUCUUACCAAUAUUUUCAAGAUUAUAGGUGAAGCAUUUAGGAACCGAAGAAAUAGAAAAGUAAUUGAUGGGCAGUUACCUUUCCAUAGUGAAGAACACGUCGACUCUGCAGACUUGUCACACAGUAGUAAACCCACAGACUGUCUGGACUAUGCCAAAGUGCGCUUUGGAGGCAGCUACCAUGAGUCUAUGGUAGAUGAUGUCAAGGCCUUGGGGAAAAUUAUGAUGGUCUUCUCAGCACUCAUUCCAUAUUGGAUGGUGUAUUUUCAGAUGGAAUCCACAUUUCUUGUGCAAGGUCUUCACAUGAGUCUGAGUAUAUUUGAACCCAAAAAGGAAUAUGACGUACCAGUUGCCAGUCUUUCUCUUUUUGAUGUCCUCUUUUUGUUGUUUCUAAUCCCUCUGUUGGACAGAUGUGUCUAUCCUAAACUUGACCGCUCUGGAAGACAGUUUAGCAUGAUCUCCCGUAUUACAGUUGGACUGUUGUUUUCUGUCCUUGCUGUUGCAAUGGCGGGGGGUAUUGAGACAAUACGAUUACAUGAUGUACAUAACAACGGGAUCAUCAUACAGGAAAUUGGAAACACUUCAUAUAAUGCUUCACACCUAAGUAUCCUGUAUCAGAUUCCACAGUACUGCCUAAUUGGUAUCAGUGAGGCUUUUACAAGAUUUUAUCACUAA